GCUGGCAGAGGCACAGUGAAGCCCCACAGUGGAUUCAAUGCUAAUAAUGAUGCUGAAGUUCUCUACAAAGCCAUGAAAGGACUCGGCACUGAUGAGGAUGCCAUUCUCCAGCUGUUGACAGCACGCAGUAAUGCACAGCGCCAAGAAAUCAAAGCUGCAUACAAAACCCUGCAUGGAAAGGAUUUGGUGGAUAAUUUGAUGUCAGAGCUGGGUGGGAAGUUUGAGAGUCUGAUAGCGACUCUGAUGACUCCUCCCAUCAUGUAUGAGGUCACAUGUCUGCGGGAUGCUAUUAAGGGUGCAGGCACAGAUGAGAAAGUGUUGGUUGAGAUCUUGGCAUCUAGGUCACCUAAUGAAGUCAACCAGAUCAAAAGUUUAUACAAGCGAGAGCAUAAUGAUGACCUGGAGGAAGAUGUGACUGGUGACACUGGAGGUCAUUUCAAGAGGAUGCUGGUUGUUUUGCUACAAGCCAGCAGACAGCAGGGUAUACAAGAAGACCUCAUCCAAAGCGAUGCCCAGGCUCUGUUUGUCGCAGGAGAACAGAAGUAUGGAACUGAUGAAGGCCAGUUCAUCACUAUACUGGGAAACCGUAGUAAUGCUCACCUUAGGAGAGUGUUUGAGGAGUAUAGAAGGCUCUCAGGGUAUGAAAUAGAGGAAAGCAUCCAGAGAGAGACAUCAGGAACCCUCCAAGAAGUACUGCUGGCUGUGGUGAAGUGUGCCCGCAGUGUGCCAGGGUAUUUUGCUGAUAGCCUUUACGGUGCCAUGAAGGGGGCAGGCACCGAUGACCAGACAUUGAUCAGGAUCAUGGUUUCCCGCAGUGAGGUGGACAUGUUGGAUAUACGUGCUGAAUUCCGCAAGAGGUUUGCUACCUCUCUGCACAAAAUGAUUCAGGGUGAUACCUCAGGUGACUACCGUAAAGCCCUGCUACUGCUGUGUGGCGGUGAUGAUGCAUAAACCCUGCCACCCUCUCUGCCUGGGUCGGAUCCCAUGACUCCCAUCUCUGGGGCAGGUCUAUGGGACGAGGGCCUAGUCCCCUUCUGAACCCAAUUCAGGACGAAUUACAAAAACAUGACAUUCCAAAUCAAAAGAAGGAUCUCUUGUCCAGCGGUGAAGAUGCUCUGUAUAGCACAGAAUUGCUUAAUUCAAAUAAGCAAUAAGCACAUUUUGGCAUUCAUAUUUCAUGAAAUGUGUAAUCGAUUUAGAGAAGAAAAAUAUUUUAGUAUAAACUUCAAAAAUAUGAGACACCUUCUCUUUUCUAUAUUCAAAGACUCAGAGAAAAACAUAAUAACCCUUCUCUUGUUGUACUCAGUGAAGCAAUAUUUUAUAUGCAUUCAACAAUUUUUCACUUAUUUAUUGUUUGUAUACUUACUAACUUACUUAACAUUUCAGUGUAUAGCAAUAUAGUAUAACAACCAGUCUCGUAACUGACAUUGUUAGCAAGUUCAUGUUUUAAACUAGAUUUGUGGUAAAGGAAAAGUUAAAGGAAAGGCUCACUGAACUUUUGGUGUCAGUGGUUUGGAGAAAAAAAAGAAGGUUAUUUCAUCAAUAUUCCACUGUUAAAGUUAAACAUACUGCCCAUAAUUGUUAAAUUGAUAUAUAAUUACACACAGCAAAUAAAUAUUAGCAAAACAUUUGUCCUCUUUAAGGUUAUUGAUAUUCAUUAAAAGCUGAAGAAAAAGGUGCUACUACUAAAAUGUUUUAAUAUGUCAUUGCCAUAAUGUUCACAAUAAACACUCAUGAAAUAAAAGCAAA